GGGUAUGUUUAAUUUCUUUAGUAGCAUAAUUAUUGCUGAUCGGUGCUAUGGCCCAAACAACCACAAUUGAUGAUGUAAUAAUAAUUGGUGCUGGUGUUAGUGGCCUUGCUGCUGCUAAUUUUUUACAAAAGUAUACAGAAAAUGUGAAGAUAAAGAUGUUGGAGGCCAAGGGCAGAUGUGGUGGUCGAGUACUUGGUAAAAAGCUGUCUACGGCAAAUGGAACUGAAAGUUUCGAUCUUGGUGGUCAAUGGUUUGCAAGCACUCAGAAGAAUGUUGUGCGUUUAUUGGAAGAACAUGGUUUAGAAACAUAUAAACAAUACACAGAUGGCAAAACAAUGAAUAUUUUAGACAAAGGAAAAAAAUUUUACACAAAUGAUUUGCUCGAUGUCACGUUGGAUGCCUUGCCGCACAUUUAUGAUUUGGUUAGAGGCUUUAAAAAGUUUGAUGAUUUGGCACAAAUGAUAUCAAUUGAGGACCCCAUGUCUCAUCCAUCAGCAAGAGAAUGGGACUCCAUGACGAUGGAGACUGCAAAGAAUUGGUUGUUUUUUACACAGGCCUGUCGAAAAUUGUUGGACCUUAGUGUAUUAAGUGUGUUUGGGCUGCAUCCACGCCAAGUGUCGUUUCUUUAUGUGUUGAUGUACUUCAAAUGCGGUGGAGGAUGUGCAUCAAUGCUGGACGAUACUUUUGAAGGAAAUGCACAAGAAUAUAAAGUGAAGGGUGGUAUGUUUCAAUUGGUAGACAGACUUGCUGAUUGUAUUAGACACGAAAACAUACUGACCAAUACACCUGUCACCAAGAUUGACAUGUCUGAAGAAGGUAUAUGUCGAAUUGGAACCCUAGAUGGGCAAACGUUUGCUUCGAAGUAUGUUAUCCUAACUAUUCCACCACACCUUCGAUCUAAAAUUGAAUUCUCUCCUCCACUACCGUGUUAUCACUCAAAAUUUAUUGAACAUCAGCACCCUGGUCAUCUUAUUAAGUUUGUUGCUACCUACGAAAGAAGAUUUUGGGUUGAUCAUGGCUUGUCUGGGUUAACGUUCCACUGGCCUUUUUAUGAGAUGGAAACACCACAUCCAGUACAUAUAACAUUUGAUGCAACCACUACCUUAGGAAGCCCGGCAAUCCUUGGUUUUAUUGAAGGAUCAUUUGGUGAUAGAACAGCUGCUGAGUUAGAGGAAGGCAUUCUUAGAUCGUUGGUUUUAUUUUUUGGACCUGACGCCGAAACACCGAUGGAUUUAGUUGUACAGAACUGGGAAAAAGAACCAUACAACGGCGGUUGUCCUGUGGAUUUUUCUGCACCAGGUGCGAUCUCUUUAUAUGGCGAUGUCUGGUUGAGAAAGCCUUUUUAUAACGUUCACUUUGCCGGUACCGAAUCAGCGACUAUAUGGCGCGGACUUAUUGAUGGCGCAAUACAAUCAGGACAAAGAGCAGCGAUUGAAAUUUUACAGAAAAUGGACCCUGAUUACCAUCACUCUGUCUUGAAGUAUAAAGAUGUUUUUCUUCCAGGAACAGAACACGCAUAUAAACUUCCAUAUUAUGUUUUAAAUGGAUUAAUUUUGUGUGCUGGCGUAUUGGUGAUGGGAUGUGUUGCAUGGAGUGUUCAUAGCAGGGUAAUCACCUUUAAUGGAAUCAAUGAAAGAUUAAUUAAAAUGUUUUAACGUAUGUACUGAUUGUAAAGACAUUAGCGAAGAAGAAUGUAAAAAAUGUACUUUCGAACUCCAUCACAGGUAGCUAGAAGUUGUACGGUUAAAAAUAUUGGCAUGCUAACUUGGACAAUCUGUUAAAUAAAGAUUCUUUUCUUAUAGCCAGGGAGAAGAAUUCAAUGUCUAACUUUGUUAAAAGCUCUUGAAUUAAAAGUAAAACUCAUUGCAUAUUGUAAGAUAUAUAUAAAAUUAGCAAUUAGACCAUAUCAUAUAAUCACUAAAGCACAGUGAAGGAGUCCGCUUUAUAUGGGAUUUUGGCAAACGUUCAAGGUUUUUUAUAACAAUUUACGCAUUCAUAUUCCUGAUCGUCUCAGAUUGCCAAAGAUGUAUAGAUAUCCCAUUCCCGAGCAGGUUAACCAAUAAUACAUUUUGAUUAUUAUUAUCUACAACAAUCCCAUCACAACAAGUAUAUCAAUGUGAAGUGCGCCUAUUUAUUUGUGAGACCCUAAUUAAUUUGCCGUAACGAGCUUAUGUUUGCGUUAAUUAAACUCCGCUUCUUGUUUUGCCAGUCUGCAUUUUAAGAUCGCGCUUCAUACCAAUCAAUUACAAGAAAAGAGGAGAAUCGAGUAUUUGAUUAAUUCGUGUUGUAUUUUCCCUUAUUUCUUUAAACCAAAAUAAUCAGUUACGUCAAUUAUUAUUGUCUUGUUGAUGUCAUGUUAUGGCUUACUUAUACUCCCUCUAUUACAUCUUCUUCUAUGUUAUAUGGUGUCGUUCGGUUUGUUUUUCUAUAGACUGUUGCAAAUUAUUUAGGGCGGCGAAAAAUCAAAUUCUUCCUGAAACUUCUGAUAACAUUUACUGAUGCUCAAAUUAUUUUUAAGAAGUUGCCGCCAUAUAAUGUAUAAUAAGGUUGUGUGGCGUUGAUAUACAUAGUGUUUAAUAACACUAUGUAGCCAGCGUAAAAAGGGGUGAAAUGGUAUCAUGUUAGAAAAGGUCAGAAAAUCUAUUAAUAUGUUUAAAGUUAUCAAGCUUUCAAAAAAUACAUUUUAUUCUGUAGAUUAGUAAAAAAAUUUCUAGGAAGUAUAGUAAUGAGAAACAGCUUUCGUGCAUCAUUUGACAUAUCGUGAACUUUAUUUUUAGUAGAAAAAUUGUUGAGUGUUAUCAUUUUUGAGAGCAGAUUAAGUAGGUUAGAAAGUUCUUCACGAUUACUGUGCAUAUUUUAGUUUCUGUCAUCUCAGUUUCAAUCGGUAAGUUCAUGCCCAAACAUUUUUUACGCAUUGCCUAAAAACUAACAGGAAAAGCAUGGGCAAAAGGUUGAUGGAAAUGAUCACAUAAUGAUAUACAUGACUUUUAAUGCUUUAGAAGAUUCGUUUGGGUGUUGCAAACACGUGAAGUAUAGACGGUGGGUUUGACUGAUUUUUGUGUUUAAUAAGUAUCCAAUGAGUAACAUUUUUCUAAUUUUAUUUGUUUACUUCUCAAUAGAUGUGUAUCUUAAAGUUUGCGUUGUAGUAAUUCUCUUAUUGUGCAUCUCAUAUCCUGAGAUGACUGCAGCUAGAAGGAUUAUUUGCGGUCGAUCGUUAUUGCUGAAGUACAAACAGAUAUGUCACUUAAAGAGAAAACGACGAGAUACAGGUAGGAUGAUCAGAAACGGAUAUGUAAAC